AAAUUGAGCCACACGUUUUAUGGAAACUAUUUAUCGCGGUGUAAGUUGAACGUCAUUUCAUUUGAGUGCUUCUGUGAGUAAAGACCGGUUGAAAUUGGUGUUUUUGCUAGAAAUUGCGUGCAAAUCCUUCUGAAGAGAUAAGGAACUUCCCAAAAGGAUGAAGUACCUACUGCUACUAGGACUAGGAAUGCUCCUGUUUACAGGACUUUGCAUGAUACGUGCUGAUGAGGCGAAGAGCACGGAGAAUGAAGAAACCAUUGAAUUGGAUCUGGGAGCAAGCAGAGAAGGUUCUAGAACCGACUCCGAAGCCCUGAAGCGUGAGGAAGAGGCCAUAAAGCUGGAUGGGCUGAAUGUGGCACAAAUGAAGGAGAUCAGGGAAAAGUCGGAGAAAUUUGCAUUCCAGGCUGAAGUGAACAGAAUGAUGAAAUUGAUCAUCAAUUCUUUGUAUCGCAACAAGGAAAUCUUCCUGCGUGAAUUGAUUUCCAAUGCCUCUGACGCUCUGGACAAGAUCCGCCUGCUUUCCCUCACGGAACGUGGUGAACUGGACACUAAUCCGGAUCUUCAGGUCAAGAUCAAGGCUGAUAAGGACGCCGGAGUCCUGCACAUUAUUGAUACAGGAAUUGGAAUGACAAAGAAUGAUUUGGUGAAUAAUUUGGGAACAAUUGCCAAGUCAGGAACGGCUGAUUUCUUGUCAAAGAUGCAGGAAUCUAAGAAAGAGGAUGGCCAGGAUGUCAAUGACAUGAUUGGUCAGUUCGGUGUUGGUUUCUAUUCGGCCUUCCUUGUGGCUGAUCGAGUGGUCGUGACCACGAAGCACAAUUCGGACAAGCAAUACGUUUGGGAGUCCAAUGCAGCUGAAUUCACAAUUGCUGAAGAUCCCCGUGGAGAUACCCUCAAGCGAGGCUCUCAGAUUUCCCUCUAUCUCAAAGAAGAGGCUCGGGACUUCCUGGAGGAGGAUACAGUUAAGCAGUUGAUCAAGAAAUACUCGCAAUUCAUCAACUUCCCCAUCUACAUGUGGACCAGCAAGACGGUCGAGGAGGAAGUUCCAGUUGAGGAGGAACCUGUGAAGGAUGAGGAAAAGAAGGAGGAUGAAGUCGAUGAGGAUGCACAGGUGGAAGAGGAAGCUGAGGAGGAGAAGCCAAAGACAAAGAAAGUGUCCAAGACUGUUUGGGAUUGGGAGAUCAUGAAUGACAGCAAACCCAUCUGGACCAGGAAGCCCGCUGAUGUCACUGAGGAUGAAUACACAGAAUUCUACAAGAGUCUCACCAAAGACACAAGCUCACCCUUGACUCACACCCAUUUCGUCGCUGAAGGAGAGGUCACCUUCAAAUCCUUGCUGUUCAUUCCCAAAGUUCAGCCUUCAGAGAGUUUCAAUCGUUACGGCACAAAAUCUGACAAUAUCAAACUCUAUGUCCGUCGAGUUUUCAUCACGGACGAAUUCAAUGAUAUGAUGCCAAGCUACUUGAAUUUCAUCCGAGGUGUUGUGGAUUCUGAUGAUCUUCCCCUGAAUGUUUCCCGUGAGACUCUGCAGCAGCACAAAUUGAUUAAGGUGAUCAAGAAGAAGCUGGUGCGUAAGGCUCUGGAUAUGAUCAAGAAGAUUGACAAGGGUGAUUAUGAGAAAUUCUGGGCUGAAUUCUCCACAAAUAUCAAAUUGGGCGUUAUGGAAGAUCCUAGCAAUCGUUCGCGCUUGGCUAAGUUGCUGAGAUUCCAGUCGUCUCACACGAAGGACAAGGAAGUGACUUCUUUGGCUGAGUAUGUGACUCGUAUGAAGCCCAAACAGGAGCAUAUCUUCUUCCUUGCUGGCCCGGGAAGGGCUGAAGUGGAAAAGUCGCCAUUUGUGGAGAGACUUCUGGCCAGAGGAUAUGAAGUUUUGUAUCUCACUGAAGCUGUGGAUGAGUAUUCGAUUUCUGCCCUGCCGGAGUUCGAUGGCAAGAAGUUCCAGAAUGCUGCUCGAGAGGGAUUCACGCUGACGGAGGGAGAGGAUGCCAAGACGAAGUUUGAUGAGUUGAAGACGACAUUUGAGCCUCUGGUGAAGUGGUUGAAUGACGUUGCGUUGAAGGAUGAUAUUGCCAGGGCUCAGAUUUCUGAGAGAUUGAGCAAUUCCCCAUGCGCCUUGGUGGCUAAUAUGUACGGCUGGACGGGCAAUAUGGAGAGGCUGGCAAUGUCCAAUGCUCAUCAGAAAUCCGAUGAUCCUCAGAGAUCGUACUAUUUGAGCCAGAAGAAGAUCCUGGAAGUGAAUCCCAGGCAUCCGCUCAUCAGAGAACUCCUGCGAAGGGUUGAGGGAGAUGCAGAGGAUCCAGUGGCCAAGGAUAUGGCUGUUAUGAUGUUCCGUACAGCUACCCUGAGAUCCGGAUAUAUGCUCCAGGAGACAUCUGGCUUUGCUGACAGCAUCGAAAGGAUGAUGAGACAAACUCUGGGAAUUGAUCUGGAUGAGAAGCCAGAGGAGGAGGAAUUCUUUGAGGAGGAAGAGUCACAAGACGCCCAAGAUGAUGCAGGCGAGGAAGCAGAAGAGAUCGAUGCUGAUCAUGACGAACUGUAGACAGCUAAGCGAAUGCAUUUUUUCUGUGUGAAUGAAUAUUUUUUUUUGUAAAUUCCUCCUGGGAUUCCAUUGUGCUUUCGUCUGGCAGAAAACCCAAAAUCGCGCCCGUAUUGUGUGAAUGCCAAGAAUUUGGAGGAGGAAAAACCAGGAAAGACCCUUAUCAACUGCCAGAGGAGCACUCAAUAAAAAAAAGCGACUGAUUGAUUAUUUUGUAAGUUUAUCAGUAGAAGCAGUCAUUUUUCAUUAUUAUUUUUUGUUCGUAAACUCGAUGAAAAUUCCAGUGAAAUAAAAGAAAAUUUAGAAGAUCAACAAAUUUUCUACUUACAUAAUUUACUGUAUUAGCAUUUUUUGGUUUGUAAAAAAAAAUGUGCUGAGAAUGUGUUUCCACAAAUUUAUUAAUAUAGGAUUCAUAAUGUAUUUAAGAAGAAAA